CCGGUUCGCUGGCGCGAGCAGGGGGAAAACACUAGCGUUUCCUCUGCCCUCCGUUUUCUCGGGGUGGAGUUGCUGCCCAACGGUUUCCGGGUUGUUGGACGACCUUGAGCCCUCAAAAGCGACAUGGCGGUGCUCCUACGGCUGGGCGUCCUCUGCGGUGGCCAAGGAGGCCGAGCUCUUUUACUCCGAAGUCCAGUGGUCAGACCUGCUUAUGCCUCAGCAUUUCUCCAGGACCAGCCCACCCCAGGAUGGCGUGGCACACAACACAUUCACCUGUCUCCAAGCUGUCACUCUGGUUCCAAGCCUGCGAGUCUCCAUUGGACUAGUGAGAGGGUUGUCAGUAUUGUGCUCUUGAGCCUGUUUCCAGCUGGGUAUUUGAAUCCUUGCUCUGCGGUGGACUACUCCCUGGCUGCAGCCCUCUCUCUCCAUAGCUACUGGGGCAUUGGACAAGUGAUUACUGACUAUGUUCAUGGGGACACAUUGCCGAAAGCUGCCAAGGCAGCCCUCCUGGCUGUCUCAGCCUUAACCUUCGCUGGGCUUUGUUACUUCAACUAUCAUGACGUAGGCCUCUGCAGAGCUGUUGCCAUGCUGUGGGAGCUCUGAUCUCUUUGGUUUUACACUGUAAGAAAUGAUUGUACACCUCUUUGCCUCUGCUCUGUCGAUGCCAUUCAGCUCACAAUCAGGAGGAAAUGAAGGAUAAAUCCAUUGGCAGGCAGACUUUCUUCUGAUUUCAUGGUUAUUUUCAGAGUUUAUUUGUUGAGGAAAAGUUUGAGAAGAGUUAGGUUCAACUAGUUGUGAGACAGUUCCAUAUCCCAUAGAGUUCCUGGUGUGUGCAGCUCGCACGACUUGUGGCAUGACAUUACAAAUGAGCUUUAUUUUACCUUUUAAUAGUCUCUUAAAGAGAAUUCAGCUUUAUUACUAUCAAUAUACGAACAUACUUCUGUGCUUGUCCUGGGAAUAAUGGACAAAAGGAAAGAUUUACAAGUCAGGCUUUGCAUAAAAAUGAAAUGUUCAGGUUUUAGAACCUUCCUCUUUGUGCAGCUGAUUCCAGCUGUUGAUGGUUCUGUGUCUAGGAAAGCUGCCAUUGGGAGGUGCUGAUGUCUCUGUCACAUUACUGACUUUUAAAUCCUAAGAAGGGACGCUCGGAGAGCCUCUGACCUAGAGAAGUUUAAUUAGGGAUGAGUUCUCCUUUGUAGAUGGAUCAAAAUAUGACAAAUUGCAAACAGAUUUAAUCUUCCAAUGUAUUUUACUUGUGGUAAAAUUCAACUAUUCACAAAUAAUAAGACAAAUAAAGUAUUUUCCCUCUGUGGAAAUUGCUGAUGAGAAAGUAUACUCUGAAAAGAAAAAAAAUUUUAAAUAAAAU